GUUUCAAAUUCCAAAAUAAUCGUCUAUCAAUCUAGAUUGAUUAAAUAAUGCAGGUACGAGAAGAUCUGCAACAACGACAACUAUAUUUGGCCUCAGGCAACAAACAAUUAUUCAUGGCCCAUGACCAUCAAUUUAUGACCGUGAUAAUGAAACUCGAAGCACAAGUGGAUCCAAUGCCACUCCAAAAAAAUAUUAGAACUCAAUCCAGAAGAAACGUUUCCAGACCAAAACAUUUGUGAAUAGAUUCAUCACCUCCCAAACAACUUCCAUGGAUUCACCAUGACCACUCCAACCACCCAGUCUCCACAGACGGCAACCACCACGCCAGAUCCGAAGCUAGACCAACCCGAGGAGAAUCUUCAUUCUCUCGUCUAUAGUCAAAGAUGCAAAGACAUAUGGAUUAUGCUCGUGGCCCUACGAUGCGUCAACGCUCUUUUCGUGCGCACCUUCUUCCAGCCAGAUGAAUAUUUUCAAUCGUUGGAGCCAGCGUGGCAGAUGGCUUUUGGUUCGGACAGUGGAGCUUGGAUCACGUGGGUAUGUAUAUUUCCAACGCAUUGUAAACUCAUGUACUGAUUGGAGACAGGAAUGGGAUCAUCAGUUGAGGUCUUCUUUACAUCCUGCCAUGUUUGCUGCCAUCUACUAUGCCGCGAAUAAAACCAUGGAAUUGGUGAGCUGUUUUCCGCAGUUUCGAGCCAUGAUCUUAAAGGUGCUGCCCAAUGUAGUUCAGGCUCUUUUUGCUGCUGCAACCGAUUACUAUACCUGGCAGUUUGCGGAGAAGAUAUAUGGAAAAGGAAGUAGAUCGGCUUGGGUGACAGUAAGUAAAUGCUGAUCAGGUAUUGAGGAAUAUAUCUAAUCAAUAUUAUAGCUCUUCAUGUCGAUGUUUAGUCCUUGGAAUUGGUUCUGCUCGACAAGAACGUUUUCCAAUUGUGUGGAAAUGACAUUAACUAUUGCUGCGUUGAGUUUCUGGCCUUGGGAAAUGACUACCGAUGCGUCCAGUACAGAAUCUUCCAGGUCAGCAAAGGGAAAGUUCAAGUCCUCAACCACCAAGACUCAAAUCUUCACAAAUUCUGGAUCGGUUACAGAGUAAGUCUCUGUUUGGAACUUCUACGAAAGAAGAUACUAACCAAGCACGUAGACUACGUACCUCACUUCUGUUGGCUUUCACUGCCUGCAUUCUACGCCCAACCAAUGGAUUGAUUUGGUUUUCAGUGGUCAUGCCAAUCGCUACCCAGUUUUACAAACCGAGUACCCGACUGGCGUUCUCCGACUAUCUCAUUCUCAUCCGUGAAGUAAUACUUUGCUUGUCGUUUGUUCUUCUACUUUCCGCCGGAUCCGACAAACUUUACUUUGGAAAAUGGACAUUUCCUCCUUUGCAAUGGCUCAAUUUUAACAUUAGUCAAGACCUUGCCGUUUUCUACGGUCGUAACGAUUGGCACUACUAUCUCUCUCAAGGACUUCCUCUUCUUCUCACGACAUACCUCCCAUUUACUAUCGUGGCUCUUUGGAAAACUACACUCCUUCCAUCCUCAAACAUCCGAGUCCAUAUUCUCACACUAAUCCUCGUCACAAUCGGCGUCCUCUCCCAAAUCGCCCACAAAGAAGUCCGCUUCAUCUACCCUCUCCUACCUCUCCUCCAUAUCCUCACAUCCCCAACAAUAAACAUCUUCUUCACAACCCUCAUCUCCAAAACCACCUUCCCCCCUCCCUUCCCCUCAACACCCAUCACCAAAUCCGUCCUCACCAUCCAUCGCAAGCCCCUCCUCGCCACGCUCUUCUCCCUCAACCUCCUCAUCGCAGGCUACACCUCAUUCCAGCACCAACGAGGCGUCAUCUCCGUCCUCUCCUUCCUCCGCCACGAAUACGAAACCCUCCACCUCGACCAACAAGGACGCCUCCUCCCUCCUCCCUCCUCCCCAACCUCCACCCGUCCCCCCGCCGACGAAACCUUCGUCGCCUUCCUCAUGCCCUGCCACUCCACCCCCUGGCGUUCGCACCUCUUCUACCCCACCCUCCGCGCAUGGGCCCUCGAAUGUCCGCCUCCCAUCCACCUAUCUAAGAACUCCGCUGCGCGAGAAGCAUAUCGUGAUGAAGCGGAUCGAUUCUAUGACGACCCCAAGAAAUUCCUUUCGCAAGAGGUGGGGGGGAGGAACCGACCGUGGCCCCGCUACGUCGUCGGGUUUCAAGGGAUUGAGGCGGUUCUGAGGGAGUGGUAUGAGGAGAAUGUUAAAGGGUGGGGGAUGAGGGAGAAGUGGAGGGGUGGGAACAGUGAUUGGAUUGAUGAUUCUCGAAGGGUGGGGGAUGUGGUGGUUUGGGAGUUUGUGGAUGGGAGUUUGGAGGGGUAG